AUGACGGAACAUGAAGAUGUUGAAAUCGGCCGUUGUAUCUGGAACCACAUCCAUAAAAACUGCACGACUUCAUACGAGACCAGUUCCCUUUUCUUUCAAAACUGGCGGCGAGACGCGCUUCCCGGUGAAAUCGGCUACAAAAACAACAUCGACGCAGAAAAAGACCUGAAAAUUAAGACACUCGACAAUGCAAUUUCUCUCCAUGCAAUCAAGCAGCCAGAAUCGCAAAAAGCAGUCAGGAUCAAAAUAUUGAAAAGAAGGAUUCAGAAGAUGAUUGGAAAGACUGCGCUGUUGCGGCCAAGAGAUUCCGGGAACUUGGUUGAUAAAGGACUCAACGAUUGCGUCUGGCAUGAAGUCAGAAAUUUAAACAAUGAGCAUGCUCCAGCAAUUUACCAAAACGCCCCGAACCCCGGGUCGAAACUUCACAAGCCUUGGCCUGAAAUUCUCCGAAAAACAGACACUUUCAUCCCUGGAACUCAACUUCACUCAACCCUUUACAAAUGCGUCAACUCAAAGGGAAUAUCAAUUCUGCGCCCUGGAAUGGACGAUUUUGGCUGGAAAUUGAGCCUGACUCAUGCUCGAUUUAGCGACUUUUUCAUGAGAGAAAACGGCGAAAUCGGACAAGACCAGUCGAAAUACCGAAAAUUGACGCUGAUUGUGCCACUGUACAAACGCCAGUCGGCUUUUAUCCGAUUCAUCAAAAACUACGCCAAACUUCUCGAAAGUCUUCCAAAUCUUCAUCUUGUCGUGGCAAUUUCAGGAGACGAGAUUGAGAGACAAAAUAUUGCUGAAAUCAUGGAGGAGAAUAUUUCCGAAAAUUUUCUUCACUCGAAUGCUCGAAUGAAUUCCUGUAAGGUUCCUUUUGACAAGGCUCAUUGUCUCCAAGUUGCCAUCGAUGCUCUUGAAGAACAAGAUCUCUUUUUCGUUUACGAUGUCGACAUUUUAGUGACCAAGAAUUUUAUAAAGAGAGUCCUAGCGCUUGGCAACGACUUUGUCUACUUCCCGACCUUGUUCAGUCAAUACGAGCUGACGAAUCAUGAAGACUUUAAAAUUUCCGAGUCGAAUGGAUUCUGGCGCUCUCACGGAGUCGGUCCAGUUGCAAUGACGAAAAGGACGUAUCUUUCUUCCGAUGGCUACAAUCAAAACAUCCACGGCUGGGGAAAUGAAGACACCGAGCUUUACGAUGAUUUCAUCAAAAGAGGCAUAAAAUUUGUCAGGUCUCAUGAUGAAGGGAUUUUUCACCCGUGGCACAGCAAAAAUUGCACAGGUCUUUCGAACGAAACUGGUCAAUUUCAAGCCUGUGUGAAAAUCAACAAGGAACACACUUGCGGACAGACAGCACUUGCUCAAAAAUACCUUUCUCAAUUGAAGUUUUUUAAUAAAAUGCGCCUCUAG